UUGCUCUUGCUCCUCCAUGAGCCAAGCUAAUGAAUAUUCAUGAAUUCAUUGAAUUCGCCCACGUGUCCCUCAUAAGAAGGCAAUAAAGCAAUGAAAGUAGUAGGAUUAAUUAGUGGAGGGAAGGACAGUAUGUACAACCUCAUGCAAUGUGUAGCGUCGGGUCACUCCAUUGUGGCACUUGCUCAUUUAAAGCCACUUAGUGAAGAGGAACAGGAUAGUAUGAUGUAUCAAAGUGUUGGAUCAGAAGGUGUUGAAUUACAAGCUAAAGCAUUAGGAAUCCCAUUAUAUACUAGCCUGACACGUGGCAGGACAAAACAAACUAGUAUGGAAUAUGAGAGAGAAGAAGGAGAUGAAGUUGAAGACCUGAUGGAACUGUUAACUAAAAUUAAGUCAGAAGUACGUAUUGAAGGUGUUUCAGUUGGUGCCAUUAUGUCGGACUAUCAGAGGAUUCGUGUAGAAGAUGUUUGCAAGAGACUUCAACUGGUACCAUUAGCUUAUUUGUGGCAUCGUGAUCAAUCUGUUCUUUUACAAGACAUGAUAAAUGACAAACUUACAGCAGUUUUAAUUAAGGUUGCUUCUAUAGGGCUGAGUCAGAAAGAUUUAGGGAAGACAUUACAAGAGAUGCAGCCACGACUACAAAGUCUGAAUAAAGAGUAUGGGAUGAAUGUGUGCGGCGAAGGAGGAGAAUAUGAGACAUUCACUUUGGACUGUCCUCUCUUUCAAAAGAGCAUCAAACUGGUUGAUUCUAAGGUUAUUCUUCAUUCUGAUGAUGCAUUUGCUCCUGUAGCUUAUCUUAAACUAACACAACUGUCAUUGCAAGAUAAAAAUUCAUAAUAACAAUAAUAAUAGCUUUGAUAAUGCUUUUUGUACAGUUCCUUAUGUUCACUUU